AUGCUUAAGAAAAUUUAUAAGUUUCCUUACCUUUUUCAGCAACUAUUAGUGAAAAAAGUCUGUGCUGUUAUGCGUAAACUUGAAAAAGAAAAAUAUGCAUCGGCAAAUGGAAAUGUUAAGAGAACUGAGACUUUUGUUCGAUGUUUGAAGCCUCUGUAG